AUGGCCCCCAAUUUUCGUUCCCUCUUUUCCAGAAGAGGAAGGCAGUGCACAGCCGAAGAGACGAGAGAAAGGGUUUCGAGAUUAAGAGUUUCAAUGGAUGAGGAGGGGGCGUUUGAGGACGCUAACACCGAAUUGACCCAUUUAUCGGCGGUGGCGAAUGCGUUUGAGGAGCUUUCUGCGAUUGUGAAAUCCAAGGGGUUCAAUUAUGAUCUUCGUUUGGAACCCUUUUGCGAUGCUUGUUCGCUUGUUUCUGUUCUCUUUGGUUCUCUGGGCAUUGCUUUUAAAUUUGCUGAAUUGGAGUAUGUUUCAAAGGUAAAUGAUUUGGCAGAAGCAUCAGGGAUACGUGCAACAUUAAAUAAUAUACUUGAUUUUGACGUAAGAAAUGACUCAGUGAAAACACAAGGAAGCCUAUCACGUAACUUGCGCAGAGUUAGGCUGGGUAUUGAUCUCAUCAGAGCUUUAUUCCAAAACUUCUUGUCAUUGGAUGAUUGUUCUUUAAAAGAAGCGGCUUCAGCAGCUUAUGCAAAAACUUGUGCACCGUAUCACGCAUGGGCCAUCAGGACUGCUGUUUCUGCUGGAAUGUGUGCACUGCCGACAAGGGAACAACUACUGCUGAGGCUAAAUGAAACUGAAGAGUCAGCGGAGAAGGAAAUGCGAAGAUACAUCAAUGCUUCACUUCCAAUCAUAGAAUACAUCGAUAAGUUGUACACUUCAAGAAAUAUCAGCUUGGAUUGGUGA